AUGUACGAUGUGCAGGACAACAAGCAAGACAGAACAAGGAUAAUACGCAUUGCAAUUUCCAAAGAAAGAGAAGAAAAACUGGAUGUAAGUCAAUGUGAAGGACUUGCAAAUCUUUUGGGAGAAAAAGAACUUCCAUAUGUCUCCGAGGGCCAAAGGACUUGGCCCGAUGGCUCAUUAUAUUUAUAUAUGAUUGGAAGAAAUCCUGAUACCUGGCCAUAUAAACCAAAUGAGGUGAAUGAUCAAAUAAGAAAAGUUCCAUACGAGUAGAUGUACCUACGAAUGCAGGUACCUUGGCGGUUACCUGCAUUGUUCAAUUUAACAGCUUAAUUUAAUAGUUUUUUGGUUCACCUUUAAGGUUUUUUUUUCU